UGCCAUGGCGAGGGCCGGGUGCGGGCCCGCCCCCGCGGCGCCGGGAGGAGCGCUAGGCUGACGGACCCGCAGACGGGCUCCGAUCGACUGCGCGGUGGCUGCUGGCGCGAGGCGGAAGGCCAGCGGGAGCGCCUGCCGUGCACAGCUGGGCCGCCGGCUCCUCCGAAGGGGACGCCUUCCUGAAGACACAGUUGCCAGGCCCGCUGUACCCUCGGUGCCCUGGCCGCUUAGAGAGCCUCGGCCCCAGGCGCUGGGGGCCGGACCCUGGGACUCUGGACACACGCCCGCCCAGGCCCCCUGUGGCCACACCUCCUCGUUAGCACCGACUCCAGAAGGCUGGGGGCGUGGGGAGGGAAGGCCCCCGCCAUGGCUGCUCCUAGACCCCACCUCGUCCCCUAAGGCCUGUUAGGUGAGAGGGACUUUUAGGGCUCCCAGGGGCCUCUGCCCCUUGCCCUGGCCUCCUCUUCCCCUCGGCAAGGCGUCAGGGAGCUGCAACUUCGUUAUCUGGGUCAUUAGCUUCAGACCCUGAACUGAGGCUGGCCAGGUCCAGGACUGCUUCCCACAGGGUGGGCACCCUGACCCCACGAGGGAGGGAGGCCUUGUCCAUCGAGCAGCCGAGGUGCCAGGGCCCUGGGAGGCCGGCUGCAGGCGCCCUCCCUUGCUGCCCUUUCUGCCUGGGGCCUGGGCCCCUCAUGGCUGCCCGGGUCUGGUCACAGCGGGGGGCCUCCUGACCCAGCCUUGCCAGGGGCAGAGGACACUGAGCCUUAGAGAGGGGAUGCCCCGCAGGGCGCCAGUCCAGCCAGCUGCCCCGCCUCGCAGGCCCAGCCUGGCCCCCGCGCUUCCCCGUCCGGUGCCCCCAGCAGCCCCCCUGGCAGGCAGCCCCCGCCAUGGCCGAGCACCUGGAGCUGCUGGCAGAGAUGCCCACGGUGGGCAGGAUGAGCACACAGGAGCGGCUGAAGCACGCCCAGAAGCGACGUGCCCAGCAGGUGAAGAUGUGGGCCCAGGCCGAGAAGGAGGCCCAUGGCAGGAGGGGCCAGCGGACGCAGUCACAGAAGGAGGCGGCCGGCGGCCGGCCACAGAAGCGGGUCCUCUUCCCCCCCAGCGUUGCCCUUCUGGAGGCGGCUGCCCGGAAUGACCUGGAGGAAGUCCGCCAGUUCCUCGAGAGUGGGGUCAGCCCUGACCUGGCCAAUGAGGACGGCCUGACCGCCCUGCAUCAGAGCUGCAUCGAUGACUUCCGGGAGAUGGUGCAGCAGCUCCUGGAGGCUGGGGCCAAGGUCAAUGCCCGUGACAGUGAGUGCUGGACACCCUUGCACGCCGCGGCCACCUGUGGCCACCUGCACCUGGUGGAGCUGCUCAUUGCUGGUGGUGCCGACCUCCUGGCAGUCAACACGGACGGGAACAUGCCCUAUGACCUGUGUGAGGACGAUCAGACACUGGACUGCCUGGAGACGGCCAUGGCCAGCCGUGGCAUCACCCAGGACAGCAUCGAGCGGGCCCGGGCCUUGCCCGAGCUGCAUAUGCUGGAGGACAUCCGGAGCCUGCUGCAGGAGGGGGCAGACCUCAAUGCCCCCCGGGACCACGGCGCCACGCUGCUACACAUCGCCGCGGCCAACGGGUUCGGCGAGGCAGCUGCCCUGCUGCUGGAACACGGGGCCAGCCUGAGCACCAAGGACCGCGACGGCUGGGAGCCACUGCACGCAGCGGCCUACUGGGGCCAGGUGCACCUGGUGGAGCUGCUCGUGGCACACGGGGCUGACCUGAACGGCAAAUCCCUGAUGGAAGAGACGCCUCUCGACGUGUGCGGGGACGAGGAGGUGCGGGCCAAGCUGCUGGAGCUGAAACACAAGCACGACGCGCUCCUGCGCGCCCAGGGCCGCCAGCGUUCUCUGCUGCGUCGACGCGCCUCUAGCGCCGGCAGCCGGGGGAAGGUGGUGAGGCGGGUGAGCCUGACCCAGCGCACCAGCCUGUACCGCAAGGAGCACGCCCAGGAGGCCAUCGUAUGGCAACAGCCCCCGCCUACUAGCCCGGAGCCGUCCGAGGAGGAUGAGGACCGCCAGACAGACGCGGAGCUCCGGCGGCCGCCCCCCGAAGAGGAGGACCCAGAGGCGGCCAGGCAGCACAACGGCCGAGUGGGGGCGCCCCCGGGGCGGCACCUGUACUCCAAGCGGCUGGACCGAAGUGUCUCCUACCAGCUGAGCUCCCUGGAGAGCACCACCCCUGACGCCCUGGUCCAGGCCAAGGCCCCCCACACCCUGGCAGAGCUGAAGCGUCAGCGGGCUGCCGCUAAGCUGCAGCGACCCCCGCCUGAGGGGCUCGAGGCCGCUGAGUCUGAACUGCCUGUGGACACUGAGACCCCCCAGCUGGAGUGUGGCUCCGGGGCUGGUGGAGACCCACCCCUGCUCAGACUCACAGCCCCCUCAGAAGAAGCCCGCGUGGAGAAGAGGCCGUGCUGCCUGCUCAUGGUCAUGGCCUUGAGGACAGGUGACCACAGUCAGGCUGCAACGAAUGGGCUGAAGGAGAAGGUGCUGACGCUGGACACCAUGAACCCGUGUGUCCAGAAGGUGGAGUACGCGGUACGAGGCCCAAUCGUGCUGCGCGCGCUGGAGCUGGAGCAGGAGCUGCGCCAGGGCGUAAAGAAGCCCUUCACUGAGGUCAUCCGAGCCAACAUCGGGGACGCACAGGCCAUGGGGCAGACGCCUAUCACCUUCCUGCGACAGGUCCUGGCGCUCUGCGUCCACCCUGAUCUCCUGAACAGCCCUGACUUCCCCGACGACGCCAAGAGGAGGGCGGAGCGCAUCCUGCAGGCAUGUGGGGGCCACAGCCUGGGGGCCUACAGCAUCAGCUCUGGCACCCAGCUGAUCCGCGAGGACGUGGCGCGGUACAUUGAGCGGCGCGAUGGAGGCAUUCCCGCCGACCCCAGUAACAUCUUCUUGUCCACGGGGGCCAGCGACGCCAUCGUGACGUUGCUGAAGUUGCUGGUGGCCGGCGAGGGUCGCACGCGCACGGGCGUGCUCAUCCCCAUCCCUCAGUAUCCACUCUACUCCGCCGCGCUGGCCGAACUCAACGCGGUGCAGGUGGACUACUACCUGGACGAGGAGCGCGCCUGGGCGCUCGACGUGGCCGAGCUGCGGCGCGCGCUGCUCCAGGCGCGUGACCACUGCCGCCCCCGCGCGCUCUGCAUCAUCAACCCCGGCAACCCCACCGGUCAGGUGCAGACCCGCGAGUGCAUUGAGGCCGUGAUCCGCUUCGCCUUUGAGGAGGGGCUCUUCCUGUUGGCCGAUGAGGUGUACCAGGACAACGUGUACGCCGAGGGCUCGCAGUUCCACUCGUUCAAGAAGGUGCUCACGGAGAUGGGGCCGCCAUACACGGCGCGACAGGAGCUCGCCUCCUUCCACUCGGUCUCCAAGGGCUACAUGGGCGAGUGCGGCUUCCGCGGCGGCUACGUGGAGGUGGUGAACAUGGACGCAGCGGUGCAGCAGCAGAUGCAGAAGCUGCGGAGCGUGCGCCUGUGCCCGCCCACGCCGGGCCAGGUCCUGCUAGACGUGGCGGUCAGCCCGCCCGCGCCCUCCGACCCCUCCUUCGCGCAGUUCCAGGCGGAGAGGCGGGCGGUGCUGGCCGAGCUGGCGGCCAAGGCCAAGCUCACGGAGCAGGUCUUCAACGAGGCUCCCGGCAUCCGCUGCAACCCGGUGCAGGGAGCCAUGUACUCCUUCCCGCGCGUGCAGCUGCCCCCGCGUGCGGUGCAGCGCGCUCAGGAGCUGGGCCUGGCUCCCGACAUGUUUUUUUGCCUGCGCCUCCUGGAGGAGACCGGCAUCUGCGUGGUGCCUGGCAGCGGCUUCGGGCAGCGGGAAGGCACCUACCACUUCCGGAUGACCAUUCUGCCCCCCAUGGAGAAGCUGCGGCCCUUGCUGGAAACGCUGAGCCAGUUCCACGCCAAGUUCACCCGCGAGUACUCCUGAGGACACCGCUGGGGGCCAGGCUGGGCCGGCAGGGACGACCCCGGGAGGACAGUGCUCGGGUUCUUGGGGUCUCUAGAGCCCUCUGGACUUGCUCCUGCUGCCUGUGUGGCUGGGCCCCUGCCUCU